UCUUUAGUCUCUCUCUCUCUCUCUCUAUUUUCUCGGUCUACAUUUAUUUUUUCUGAUCACGUCAUUUCACCCCGACACCCCACUGCAUUAAUUAAAGCUUUUCGUGAUUUCACCAACCGCCCCUUGUUUCUCCAAUUCCCUUCUGUUGAGAUGAGAUGCUAGGUUUUCCGCUGACGGAGCAGAAAUGAAGCAGCAAUUGGGCAGCCCUAACAUCCAGAGGAAGAUACUGUCCUCAGUGUUGGUGAAAUUUGCGGUGUGCUUCCUGUUAUUGACUAUUGGCUACCGUUUGUUAUCCUCGACUUUUAUACACUUCUCGCCGCUUGUGGUUUCUGAGGAUGAUCCCCAAUUGAGUGUAGCCGCCAACACUUCGCCGCCGCCGGCUGAAACCAGUGAAGAUGCAUCGUUCAAUCCUGACCAUUACGCUUCUCAGGAAGGAUGUAAUUUGUUCGUGGGAGAUUGGGUUCCGGAUUCCGAUGGCCCAGUGUACACCAACACUAGCUGCUCGACAAUUGAACCUCCCCAGAACUGUAUGAAAAAUGGGAGGCCUGAUCGGGAUUAUGUUUUCUGGAGAUGGAACCCUAGAGGCUGUAGUUUGCCCAGGCUUGAUCCCAAGAAAUUUCUGGACGUGAUGAAGGCCAAAUCACUUGCCUUUAUUGGUGAUUCCAUCAUGCGUAAUCAUGUCCAGUCUUUGCUCUGCCUUCUCUCUCAGGCUGAACAAUCAGUUGAAGUCUACCAUGAUACCACCUACAAAAACAGGCGUUGGUCCUUUCCUUCCCAUGGCUUCAAUGUCUCUCUGGUGUGGGCUCCUUUCCUCACCAAGGCCCUUACUUUUGAGGAUGAGAAUGGAGUUUCUUCAGGUAUCACCCAGCUGUAUCUGGAUGAGCCGGACACAACAUGGACGCAGCAGUAUGAGAAAUUUGAUCAUGUGAUCAUUGCUGGGGGGAAAUGGUUUCUCAAAUCGGCAAUUUACUAUGAGAACAAGACAGUCGUGGGCUGCCAUAAUUGUCAUAACAACAACAUCACGGAGAUGGAAUUCGAGCACGCCUACCGCAAGGCGCUCAACUCCACUUUGAAAUUCAUCACGGGAUCGAAGCACAGGCCGUCUGUGUUGUUCAGAACCACCACCCCAGAUCACUUUGAGAAUGGGGAGUGGGACACGGGGGGCUACUGCAACAGGACAAGGCCAUUCAAGGCAGGGGAAGCUGAAUUGAAUGUGGUGGACAAGAUAAUGAGGAGAGCAGAACUUGAGGAAUUUGGGAAAGCGGCAGCAAGAGGGUCGGAGAAUGGGGUAACACUGAAGCUGUUGGAUACAACUGCGCUCUCCCUGAUGAGGCCCGACGGGCACCCGGGAGUGUACAGGCAGUUCCAUCCGUACGAGGGGAAAGACGAGAAUGCGAAAAUUCAGAAUGACUGCCUACACUGGUGCCUGCCGGGCCCCAUAGACACUUGGAAUGAUCUGAUGAUGGAAAUGCUGUUGCUCAAUCGGAGACGUCAGAGACAGGAGCGGGGGCCGGGGGGUAACGAAUGAAUGAAGAAGACUCGUUGUACUCGCUAGUGUUGGUUUGUGCUUGUCCGUAGAGGACAUCGUCGGUCUAGAUCUGAUCUGUAAUUUUGGGGAUCCAACAUGAACAUGAGUGAGUGAGUGAGUGAGUGCAGCUGCAGUCUCACCGUCACCGCCAUCUCAUCAAGCAAAGCAGUCAACAUGUUGUACGUACGCACGCAUGUAUGUAUGCAUGUUAUUAGCAAAUCAAUUCCAUUUACGUUCGUUUCAGUCCAUGACCGUGUGAAAAUGGGGCCUGGUCCUGAAUCUGGAUGUAUGCAUAUAGGAUAGGAUGUAUAUA